GGCAACAGACCUGAAAAGUAUCUGCUACUCGGUGCAGGAAUUCAAUCACAAAGAGCGGUGGCACUUCUGUCUGUAUGACAGACACAAAGAAGAUUUUAUCCCGGUAGAUGCUGAUGAGGUAGUGAUGUGGUGUGGAGAUGACAGGAGGCACAUUCUCGACAUCGAUUGCUUUCUCCUGAGCUUCGAAGAAAUAAUCGCACACAGACUGGCUCACAACGCUCUUCCAGUGCUUCUCCAAGAAUAUAUCACCAGAACAGUUUAUAAGAAACAGGCUGUGGAUCAUUUUCGGUACCUCCCCCGACGCGGCGCGUCCCGCUCCCGGGGCAGCGGCCAAGAUGGCGGCGAGGCCCGGCGGCGCGCGGGGCCGCCCCCCGGCGGAGAUACGGGCGGCCGGGGCGCUGCCUGCGCCGAGUGGCGAAUAACGGGCACACGGCGGCGGCACCGCACGGCCUUCCUGCCGCUCCCGCCGGCAGCUCCCGGCCUCGAGGGCGGGCGGGGAACGGGGGCCGCUCGCGGGCGCUCGGAGGACGCGGGCGGGAGGGGCGGCGUCGCCCCGGGACAGGGCCGGGCGGGGGCGGCGCGGUCCCGUCAGGCGCCCUCGGGGCCGGCCGCUCCACGCCUCCCGGUGGCGGAGCCGCGCGAAGCGAAGCGAGGCGGGCCGAGCCGAACGGAGCCGAACGGAACGGAGCCCAGCGCGAAGAUGGCAGCGGGGGAGCCGCAAGCCAAGAAGCUGAAGCUGGAGCCGAAACAGCUGAGUGAAAAUGUCCUGUUUGGAAUGGGAAAUCCACUGCUUGAUAUAUGUGCAGUUGUGGACAAGGACUUCCUUGACAAGUAUGGGCUGAAACCAAAUGACCAAAUUCUGGCGGAGGAGAAGCACAAAGAACUAUUUGAAGAACUUGUGAAGAAGUUCAAAGUAGAAUAUCAUGCCGGUGGCUCUACUCAAAACUCUGUCAAAGUGGCCCAGUGGAUGAUUCAGAACCCAUACAAAGCUGCAACUUUCUUUGGAUGCAUUGGCAAAGAUAAAUUUGGAGAAAUAUUGAAGAAGAAGGCUGAGGAAGCUCAUGUGGAUGCCCAUUACUAUGAGCAAAGUGAAGAACCGACAGGAACCUGCGCAGCCUGCAUCACUAGUGAUAACAGGUCACUUGUAGCUAACCUUGCUGCUGCUAAUUGCUACAAGAAGGAAAAGCAUCUUGAUUUGGAGAAGAACUGGAAGUUGGUGGAAAAAGCCAAAGUUUAUUACAUCGCGGGAUUCUUCCUGACGGUGUCACCAGAAGCAGUAUUAAAAGUGGCUACUCAGGCUUCUGCAAACAACAAGAUCUUCAGCUUGAAUCUUUCUGCACCGUUUAUUAGCCAGUUCUACAAAGAGCCUAUGAUGAAAGUCAUGCCUUACGUGGAUGUCCUUUUUGGAAAUGAGACGGAAGCUGCCACUUUUGCUAGAGAGCAAGGCUUUGAGACUGAAGACAUUAAAGAGAUAGCCCGGAAGACACAAGCCCUGCCAAAGGUGAACACUAAAAGGCAACGAAUUGUAGUCUUUACCCAGGGGAAAGAUGACACUGUACUGGCUACAGAAAAUGGAGUAACAACUUUCCCUGUGUUGGUGAGUGAUCAGAGUGAAAUCGUGGAUACCAAUGGGGCUGGAGAUGCAUUUGUUGGAGGCUUCCUCUCGCAGCUUGUCUAUGAGCGGCCGGUGACCGAGUGCAUCCGAGCUGGACACUACGCAGCCAGCGUCAUCAUCAAGCGCUCAGGUUGCACCUUCCCAGAAAAGCCUGACUUCCACUGAUGCUGGUGAACUGGAGGGAUCAAGAGUAACUCUCAUAUUGCCGUGGGAUCGCUGCCUAAAUUUUUCCUCCUUCCUUGUCCUCACCUUUCCAAUUACCUGCAUCAACGCUUCUGUACUUCUGUUCAUUUCAUUCUAAACGAAAUAUGUAUUUCUGUCAUGUUUUCCUUUCCAUACCACUACUAUGUCUCACCAGUCUUAACUUUUGGAAACUGUGCUAAGUGAAGCUUAUUCUCGUAUCAGCCUGGAAAAAUUGUUCUAUUGACACAGUUUAGAAGGAAGUUCCGUAUAACGACACUGCUGACUAACACCAGUAAAAUAAUGAAUUAUCUAGUUUUAUCUGUGUCCGAAUUCUACUCAACUUACUUGAAACAAACAGACCUGACUGUAUUUGUGACAUGACCACAUAAACCAGGAAUAGUUCUUUCUGUAUAGUGGAGUCACAGUAGCGUUAAGAGCAGUGUGAGCAUCCCAAGAAUUUCCUUCAGUGUUUGAGUAUACAAGAUCUGGCCAUCACAUCCAGCCCAGCCACCAUGGAAGCAAAUUGCUACUCAUCAGAACUUAAGGGUAUGGUCAUGCUGAUGUCAGUGACUAUGGGUCUGGUGCACUAUACCAUGACCUCACACUGGCCUGACGGGUGAGCAUGCAGAUAGGUACUUUCAGGGAUUUCGAGGCAGAGGCAUGAGCUGGUGAUGAACAUAACAUAUGGCUAGAUCCUAUCUACUCAGUGUGAUCUUUUUAGAGGCUGUUUUUAAUUAAGGUACACAUAGUGAAAAUGAGGUACAGAAAUAUUUAUGCAGGAUAUAUUGACAGGACAUGCCAAAUGGAAUCUCUGAAACGCACAUUUUUAAACUUUUAAUUUACUUUGGGUAAUUAUCAAAUAUGGUGGAUUUUGUUUGUAUUUACAGUAUUCAAAGAGGUGAUCUGACACUGCAUUCAUUACUUUGCUAUGUAAUUUGAUACUGAUAAAUAAAAAAAAUUGUCAUACAGUA